GUCCUCGCGGCCCCAAUCAUAUCCAUCCCCAUUCUAUCAACCGCCGCCACCCUAUCAGUCGUCGUACAGGAGAGAUCCGUGGGAGUGGAGAGAUCCUAUCAACAACCACGGCCUGGAAGCUCGCCUCGCUAGAAAUAAUUCUCGACGUACGACGGGUUAUGGGAACCAAUUUCAAUAUUCAUAUCUGCAGUUCUCUGAUCAAGGGCUUCCUCCAUACGAGUUCCGCGCAUCCCAAAUGAAUUCCGGGUCUUUUGAUCAAAGUCGAAGGCAACGGCCAUCAAUAGAUUACGACCCUCAUGGUGAGAAGGUCGCCGAUCGAGCUGGAGUUGGUUAUUGGGAACAAUACACUGCUACCAGCGAAGAAGAUUCUGUAGCUCCAGAAGUUUGACCGCAAAUCCUGGAGAAAAGCAUAAUCAAGGAACCAGCUGCAGAUCCUGUCGUCAUUCCGUCCAAAAAACUCACCUAGGAAUGACAAUUGGAAGAGUUCUCCACGGAAGAAUUCCUACAACAAUUGUUACAGGGGAUCAGACAUAUUCGUGAGAGCUUGCGCCCUACCUACGAGGACACCCAGACUUACCGCACAUCAGCAAUGGCACCCACUGUCGCCGUUGAUACUUGUGAUAGAGCUGCAACCUCCUCAGUUUCCACCAAGGUUGAAAGUAGCAAUGAUGACGAAGAAAAUGCGGCCGCCGCCUCGGUCACUAUGCCAUCCCUUGCUGCAACAGAGCCAACUAGGAACAAGAAGGUGCCGAGCGGGGAAAUCCGGUUGGCAGAGCUCUCUAUGGGUCCCAAGGUGUUGAAGCCGCCUCUAUUGAUCCCAUCGAGCCAUUCCAUUAUGGUUCAGCGAAAUCAGGACAACCUCGCACCCUGAACUCGCCGAAGCUAGAGAUUGAGCCUCCAACACCGAACUUCAAAAGUGGGACGAGGAUUGUGAAUCUCUUACUCGACCACGUUAUCACGCCCCCACCGAUCCUUUCUGCAGAUGUCGUUAUAGCUUCUUUCGGAGCAGCCCGACCGAUCACCACCAACUCCAGCGAAACUGCAUCUCAGGCGGUCAAGGAGAUGAUUCCUCGAGAGGCAAGAUUAGAGGAAUGGAAGGAGCAAAAAAAGAUUCCCAUUGAGUUUGAUGCGUCAUGGAAAUUUAGAAGGAAAAGAUAAUGGGAGGAUGGUGGCUAGGAACGCGACGGAGAGGGAGGAAGUCGCAAUGCUGAUGGGCUGGGUAAUUUCGCAGCAUCUGGGUCAUAUCGUGCCGGUUCGGAUGUACGAGUUGGGUCAGCUAUUCCGGGGUGUAUUGGGCCAAAAAUGGGUGGAUUGAUUGGAGUUUUACUUUAUGGUGUUGGUCCUUCAAUUAUGGCAUCCAGAAAUCCUUGCGGAAUGCAAAGCAAAGGCAGAAAACAAGUUGGGAUUUCCAACCCAUUGACAGAUGGUGGAGCAAUAGCGUCGAUAGGAGUGAAGGGUUUAUUACAGUAUGGGGUUCCGAAGCAAAGGCCAAAUCGGGUGAGCAGGUUUGUUGUUGUGCCGCAGGGGCUUGGGGGAUCCUCGACGCAAGGAUGGUUCAUCCCAAGAUUUGUGCAUGACUUGGAAGUUUCGAUGCAAGGAUGGACGACCACAAGUGGGUGUUAACGAGGAGCCAACUAUGCACGGGGUGCUAGCUUGUAACCUUGUACUUGAAGGGAAUUGGAGAGAGUGUCAUUCCGUUCAUGGCACGCAUGAGGAAGAUAUUAGUGUGGUGAGUUUUAACUGUUACAAUCAUGGUGGAAAGUUGGUAUGGACUGGAGUUACCAGUAGAUUCGUUUGGGUUGUCGCUCGCAAUUGGAAAUAUCGAAAGCGCGAGUUUUGUGGUCCCACUCUCACCGUCGUCCACCACAAGCUACGAGGAAGUUUUUUUUAUCAUUGAACCAAGUUGAGACGUCGCUUGAACAUCGGGGAUGAAGUUCUUCGAAGGGAGGAGGUUUGAUGCAUUCAGGCAUCGGUGCCAGCUUUGUUAUUUUAUUAUUAUUAUUAUUAUUUAGGAUAUUCUUUGGGUUAUUUAGGAUUAUUAUUUCCUGUUAAGGAAGUAAUCGGUUAGGAGUUAGUCUAGGAUUGGGUUUCCUUGUUUGAAAGGGAGAAGGUUUAUGUGACUUGCCCUAUAAAUAUGUACUUUACUUCUACGCUUUAUUCACCAGAAUAAGAAUAAAACAGUUUUCGUUAGCUUUCUCCCUCUUUCUCGUUCUAAAAACUCGACGCAUGAACCGUCUCGAGUCAAGAGACUCAUUAAACUCCAACAAGUCUAUUCCUUCUCUUGCUGGUAAUUUUUUCUCUUACUUCUUCUUUCUCACUGCCAAAAUGACCACUGACUCCACCAGUUCGUCUACGUUUGUUGGCGCUAGUUCUUCCCCUGUGUUUCUCCAUCUCUAUCUCUUCCAAGCAAUCCCAGCUAAUGGUAAAGCUCACCCAACCAACUAUCUUUCAUGAUAUGCUCAGCUUGCUGCUGUUAUCUGUCUACUAAAUCAUCAAUACAAUAUAGUAUAGUUUUAUUAAAUUUUCUUUAUUUUGAAUUUGCUGGCUCUUACUUAAUUUUUGCUAGGGCAUAAUAGUAUUUUUUUCAUUUUUAUUUUCAACUCAUACAAAAAGAGUAAAAGAUCCUACUUCAUAUGCUUUAUGGAGAAGGGGUUAGUUAUUGCAGGAGAGUGGUGUUGAUAAGUUAGUUUCAAGUUUCAACUGCUUUCGUUUUUAUCUUUUUAAUUUGUUAUUAAUUUUUAUUAAAUUCAUUUUUAAUGU